UUUUUUUGUACACUGUAAAUUAAAGUAACAGCCCAAAUAUAUAUUGCUCGAACUAAGCAGUGGCAUCCCCGGAAUCAUCUAGGGCUUGAAGACCUUUCUUCCUCUGCCCUCCUCAUCUCCUCUCGACUCUGUCACUGUGAUUUCUACAGACACAGAGAAAAUAUAAUUAAAGGAAGAGAAGCUAACUAUCCAAUCUUUGCAAGUAACUUAGAUAUAUAGUAUGGCGACUAAAAACUCUGCAAACCCCUCGCGAGCUGAAGAACUCAAACUCCUCGCCAAUGAGGCUUUUAAAGCGCAUAAAUAUUCCCAGGCUGUUGAUUUGUAUACCCAAGCGAUAGAGUUGAAUGAGGAUAAUGCAGUGUACUGGGCUAACCGCGCAUUUGCACACACUAAAUUGGAGGAGUAUGGAAGUGCUAUACAGGACGCCACAAGGGCUAUUGAAAUCGAUCCAAAAUACUCCAAGGCAAGUACCGGUUAUUACAGACGUGGUGCUGCAUAUUUGGGAAUGGGAAAGUUUAAAGACGCUCUUAAGGAUUUUCAACAGGUAAAAAGAAUAUGUCCAAAUGAUCCUGAUGCCGCCAAGAAAUUGAAGGAAUGUGAGAAAGCGGUGAUGAAACUAAAAUUUGAAGAGGCCAUAUCUGUUCCUGAAUCUGAAAAACAUUCUGUGGCCGACUCUAUAGAUUACCACACUAUAGGGACUAGCCCAGGCUCAUCUUAUAUUUCCCUGAAAGUUGCUGCUGUAGCAGUGGCAGUAGCUGUACUGGCAGUUUUUAUGGGGACCCAAGCGGCCAUAGCAGUGGCAACAACAGCUAUAGUGAUUGUAAUGGUGGUCUGGGGAACUUGUUGGAAGGUUUGCUACAAAGACUGUGUUUUUUCCAAGGGCCCAAGACAUAACUUAGAUGUGGAGCCACAGUAUUCUGGUGCAAGAAUAGAGGGAGAUAGUGUAACUUUGGAAUUUGUGAAGCAAAUGAUGGACGACUUCAAGAAACAGAAGUGUUUACAUAAGAGAUAUGCAUACCAGAUUGUGUUGCAGAUGAGAGAUUUGUUGCGAGAAUUGCCAUCUCUUGUUGAUAUUACCGUUCCUGCUGGGAAGCAUUUCACUGUUUGUGGUGAUGUGCAUGGCCAGUUUUAUGAUUUGAUAAAUAUUUUUGAGCUGAAUGGACUACCUUCCGAAGAUAAUCCAUAUCUUUUCAAUGGGGAUUUCGUAGAUAGGGGUUCUUUCUCAGUCGAGGUCAUCCUCACUCUGUUUGCCUUUAAGUGCAUGUCUCCAUCAGGACAUAUGAAACAGAUAGGCCUAUUAAUUGACACAGUGCUGGAUAGUGCACAACAUAGACAUUUCCAGGCAAUAUAUCUUUCUCGAGGGAACCAUGAAAGUAAGAGCAUGAAUAAGAUAUAUGGUUUUGAGGGUGAGGUCAAAUCCAAAUUGAGCGAUACAUUCGUGGAGCUAUUUGCGGAGGUGUUCUGUUGCUUACCUUUGGCUCAUGUAAUAAAUGAGAAAGUUUUUGUAGUCCACGGAGGUCUUUUCAGUGUUGAUGGCGUAAAGCUCUCUGACAUAAAGGCAAUUGAUCGUUUUUGUGAGCCUCCGGAAGAGGAUCUGGUAGUGCGGUCACAUGAGGUUAAGGAUGAAGGUUAUGAAAUUGAGCACGACGGAAAAUUAAUUACUGUGUUUUCUGCUCCAAACUACUGUGAUCAGAUGGGAAACAAGGGGGCAUUUAUUCGUUUUGAAGCCCCAGAUCUGAAACCCAACAUCGUUACAUUUUCUUCAGUGCCACACCCUGAUGUCAAACCCAUGGCAUACGCUAACAACUUCCUACGAAUGUUCUCGUGACCCAUAGUUGCUGGUUUUAUACUUUCCUACUGCAUUUUGUUGCUGCUCAAGUGUAAAAUGAUGGUGAAAGUUUGAAGAUUUAUUUUGCAUUAAUUAAAAGUUAGUUAUAUUCCAAUGCCUGGGACUCAUUCCUAAGCUGGCUUUUAUGUGACUCAAGAAAGAAGCGAGCUGUGGAAGUAGCCAACUAGGUUUGCCGACGUGUACAAUACUUUACUUUUUCAUUUGUAUUCAUGCUAUUUAUUUGUAUGAUUAUGAUGAUUUUGGUUCCGUAACAGCUUUGCUAAAUUACAUGUCGUGACUGAGAUUUUUUGUCGAAUUAGAGCAUCUCCAAUGUUAAUCUUUUGAA